CUCGGUAUAAUGGAUUCUACAACAGAGAGUGAUAAAAAGAAAAUGGCCACUUUUAAAUCGCUGGGUAUUAUAGAACCAUUAUGUCAGGCAUGUGAGCAGCUCAAAUACAAAGUCCCAACAGAGAUCCAAACUGAAGCCAUCCCAUGGGCGUUGCAAGGUCGAGACAUAAUCGGUUUGGCACAGACUGGCUCAGGCAAAACCGCCGCUUUUGCCUUGCCCAUCCUUCAAGCAUUGUGGGAGGCACCACAAGGCCUAUUUUCUUGCGUUCUGGCUCCAACGAGAGAAUUAGCAUACCAAAUAUCCGAAUCAUUUGAAUCUCUGGGUUCUACAAUUGGUGUUCGAUGUGUUGUUAUAAUUGGUGGAAUGGAUAUGAUGUCACAAGCAAUCGCUCUGUCCAAAAAACCCCAUAUUAUUAUAGCUACUCCCGGGAGAUUGCAUGAUCACCUGGAAAACACAAAAGGAUUUAGUUUGAGAAACUUGAAAUAUUUGGUUAUGGACGAAGCUGAUAAAUUAUUGGAUAUGGAUUUUGGACCAGUUAUUGAUAAAAUUUUAAAAGUUAUCCCUAAAGAACGUCAUACUUAUCUCUUUUCUGCUACCAUGACAACUAAAGUAGCAAAAUUACAGCGUGCUUCUCUAAAUAAUCCGGUCAAGGUUGAAGUUUCUUCAAAGACGUGCAAUGACACACAGCGUCUUGCGUUAUUAUUAAGGAACCUUGGAUUUCCUGCGAUUCCUUUACAUGGGCAAUUAUCACAAUCUAAAAGGUUGGGUUCUUUAAAUAAAUUUAAAGCAGGAAAUAGAAAUAUAUUAGUGGCUACCGAUGUUGCUAGCAGAGGCCUAGAUAUACCACUUGUAGAUGUGGUAAUUAAUUAUGACAUUCCAUUAAAUAGCAAAGAUUAUAUCCAUAGGGUAGGACGAACGGCUCGUGCAGGAAGAUCUGGUAAAUCCAUCACUUUGGUUACCCAAUAUGACGUAGAGUUCUAUCAACGUAUUGAACAAGUAAUCGGAAAGCAGAUGGAACUAUUUCCAAUCGGUAGUAAAGAAGACGUUUUGUUGCUUCAAGAACGUGUUUCUGAGGCACAGAGAAUUGCUACUUUAGAAAUGAAGGAAGAACAUCAACAAAAGAAGGGAAGCAAAAGAGUUAAAAGCGAAGGAAAUGACGAUUAUAAAGAUAGGGAAGAUAGAGAUCUUGUUGUGUCUAAUAAGUUGAGUAAAAAAGCAAAGAGAAUCAGGAGAUGA